GAAAAAAACUCGGCGCGCUCGCGCUCGCAGCCGGACGCCGCGAGUUUCCAAAACUCUCGAGCGCAGACACAUGUCGUUCCGCUGCAGCAGCAUGUCGCACCCCGCUCUCGCGAGCACCUUGCUGCUGUUUGCCGCCAGCCUCGCGCGCUCCCAGGCGCCCGACUACCAGCACGCGGCCGCUUUGGACGCGCGCGGCAGAUACGCGAUGAGGUGGAGGAGUGACGGGACGAGCAUCGCGGUGGAGCUCGAGGCGGAGACCACAGGGUACGUCGGGUUCGGCUUCUCUCCGAACGGCGCCAUGGCCUCAUCAGAUCUCAUCUUUGGAGGGAUUGCAGACGGGAAACCUUACUUGCACGACUACUUUACGGACAGCAAAAGAAAGGUCCAUAAAGAUCAGGUCCAGAACUACCAGCUGCUGUAUGCCAGAGAAAACCACACACACACUGUGCUGGCUUUCAGCAGGAAGCUGCAGACCUGUGACCCUGAAGACAGGGAAAUCACGGGUAGCACAAUGCGGGUGAUCUGGGCAUUUCAUGAAGAAGAUGUUGGACCGUCAGGGCCGGUGUACCAUGGAGUAAACAGAGGGAGGAAAAGUUUACGUCUCCUGAACCCUGUGACCAGCAGGAGCGUUCCUCGUGGAACAGCCAGCUUCGACUUACGCCUCGUUAACGUCCGGGUUCCUCAUAAGGACACAACUUACUGGUGUCAGAUGUAUAAAAUCCCGGAGGUGAAGACAAAGCAUCAUGUAAUCAAAAUCGAGCCACUGAUCCAGAAAGGCCACGAGAAUCUGGUCCACCACAUCCUGCUCUAUCAGUGCGACAGCAACCUGAACGAGAGCGAGCUGGAAGUGGGACACGAGUGCUUCCAUCCCAACAUGCCCGACUCCUUCAUGACAUGCCAGGCUGUCAUUUUUGCAUGGGCUAUUGGGGGUGAGGGCUUCACUUAUCCUCCACAUGUGGGAAUGUCAAUAGGAACAGCAACAGAUCCAGUUUAUGUGCUGUUGGAGGUUCAUUACGACAACGCGGCUUUACAGAGAAAAAUAGUGGACAGCUCGGGUCUCCGUCUGUUUUACACCCCGAAGCUGCGGAGUUACGAUGCAGGGGUGAUAGAGACAGGGGUUUGGGUCAGCCUUUACCACAUGCUGCCUCCUGGGGUGCAGAACUACAUCACCGAGGGCCACUGCAUGCAGGAGUGUCUGCAGGAGUCUCUGGAGAAUGAGAUGCCGGGUGGCAUUCAGGUGUUUGCAGUCCUGCUCCAUGCUCACCUGGCGGGCAGAGCCAUCAGGACCAGGCAUUUCCGUCAACAGGUCGAGCUUCCGCCUCUUUCCUCAGACGAGCACUUCGACUUCAACUUCCAGGAGUUUCAGCCGCUGAACCCUGAGCGGCAGCUUUUGCCUGGGGACUCGUUAAUCACUGAAUGCAUAUAUAACACUAAAAGCCGGACGAAUAUGACAUGGGGUGGCUUGAGCACCAGGGAUGAAAUGUGCCUGUCGUACCUGCUGUACUACCCUCGAAUCAACUUGACCAGGUGCGAGAGCCUUCCUGAGAUCACCGGCCAGCUCCAAUUCAUCGGAGUCAGAGAAAUUCAUAGUCCUUUUACGGUAUGGCCUUUUCUUAUCAAAAGUCCGAAGAAAUACAGCAACCUUUCCUUUACCGAAGCCAUGGACAAGUUCAGAUGGACGAAGAAGCGAGGAAAGGACUUCAACGAAGUUGUGCUAAAUCUUCCAAUCAACGUGCGCUGCUCCAAGCUGGGUUAUGAUGAGUGGUUGGUCCAGGGCACGAUCGUGCCUCCUCCUAAGCUGAAAUCAGUUCGACCGACUGCCAAAAGUGUGUGUGCGAGCUCGGCAACUCCAGGUCAUCACAUACUCUCUGGACUUAUUGUCGCAGUUAUAUCUUUACUGUUCCUUCUCAAUGCCCAGUGCUGACUCCAUGUGAACGGGAAGACGUGAAGUCUAGACAUAACAACCUGCACUGAUCCAAAGCACGGGGCGACAGCAGAAGGAUGAAUUUGUGCACUGAUGGAGAUGAUUAGUCUGGAGGAAGAAUCAGCAAACAUCCAACAAACCUAAACAAAUUAUCAUGUACUAUACACUUUUUAACCAAAUGUCUAUAAUAUUUAAAAUUCUGUCUUUUUACCUGAGAUUUAUAAAGAUUCGUACAAUAAAAAAUAUAUAUACAUCUAGUCAAAAAACUUUCUCAAACAACUCAUUAAAAAGCUUUUUACAUAUAGAAAAACUGAAAUAUCUUAGUAUAAAUUAGAUUAUAUGUGAAUAUAUAUUUUAUUUUAUUAAUAAUUUUUAUGCUGAAAUCUGUCUUUGACUUAAAGUUCAUGUGAGCAAAACAUUUUUCAGUAUCCUGUAUGCAGGACAUUUAUCUUACAACCAAUAACAAAGUGCUUCAGAAGAGUUCUGAUAUUACCUCGAAGCAGUGCAUCAUGGGAUUGUCACUUUUUCAGACUUUCAGACGUGAUUGUGACUGACGUUUAUGGUGAUGUCGGGAAUAUGGUGUGGAUUGGGAUAAACAUUGAAGGGCUCAGCUUUGUGUUAUUAAGGCAUUGUAGCAUCUGAGUACAGAUUUGAGCAUGGAAAAUAUUGAAGUCAGUCUGGUUGUUAUAAAUGUUUCUUGAGUAGAAUUUGACCAAUGUGGCCGUAUACAUUUCCAUAAUAAUUAUUAAUAAUUUAUAUUUUUUUUUACUUGUAAUUUUUUUAUUUGUUUACUGUUUGUGUUUUUUGUAUUCUAUCAGCAUUAAUAAUGUUUUGCAUUUAAAUUUAAACCUCAAUUUAUUAUAAUUUUGACAUACAUACACUGAAAUAAUGAAGCACUUAUUUUAGGGUCCCAUAAGGAUUUAAUAUUAAGUAAGUAACAAUCUUUUUUUUUUUUUUUUUCAAAUACACAUUCUGAAAUGUUUUAUUAAUUUUAUUUCACAAGCAUUUUUCAAUGUAUGUUGCCAAUUGUUUUUGGAAUGAGACAUUAUCAGUUACUAACAAACCCUCUCUUACUGUUCAACUCAAUCUUUAAAACCCAAAAACAAAUAAAUAAAUAUAUCUAAAUAGAAAAUAUCUAACACCAUCUGGCCAAAUAGAUUUAGAAAUUUAAAAGCACUGUCGUUGAUUAUGCAUUCAUUUUUUUCACAUGUAGACUCCUUACUUUUUCCUUAUUUUAAUACAUUCAUUUCUUUUUCUGCCUCCACCACACACUUACUGUAUUGAACUAGUCAUCACUUUUAUUAUAUCAUUACUGCAAACAACAUCUCAGCAAACUUUCAUUGACCUCAACAAACAUUAACUUCUGGAGCAUGCCUUGGCGCAGCUGGGUUGCUUCGUUACAGUUCUUCCUAAGAGAGCGUUUUCUGUCACCCGGCGAAACUUAGUCCGAUAAAUUUAAUUAGACCACAAAUGAGUCAUCCUUAUUUUACUCCUCCCUUUCUACAAAGACUUCUUUAUACGCUAUUUGCCCUCCGAAGCAUUGUGUGAUGUAUCACAAAUCCUUUUCUAACUGUGCCUCAAAAAGCCCUUAUUUUUUUGGCCACAAUAGCGGUUUGGGAUUUGACCUCGCCGAAUUCCUUCGACCACCCACACAUGCUGACUGCUCUGUUCUUCACUGAUUCUUCCUACAG